CGCCCCCUGCGCGCGACGUCUCCAUCACCACGGUCUGCGCGUCUCCGGUGCCCUCGCCGGACGACGUCGCGGCUUUAAGCCACCCCAGGGCGUCGCUGAUGAUCCCAGCGGCCCCAGCCCCACCCCCGCCGGAGCUCUUGCUGCCGCUCGGGCAAUCUUCCUCGAGCCGCUCGUCGCUCUCAUCCUCCUCUGCCGGGACGGUGGUCUCCUCCGGGGCCCCGUCCUUCGGCAACGACUCUGAUCGCCCCGCCUUCGUCGAGGUUUACAUGCCUCGCCGUCGAGCCGCCGUCGGGGCGACUACGGGGCUGCUCGUCGCCUCGCCGUCGUCUCCAUCGAGCCGCCGUCCGUGUUCAUCAACUCGACGGUGGCGGUGCAGACGGCGCUCGCGCGUGGCGUGGGGGACCUCUCAUUCGACGUUGUACCCUCCUCGGUCGGCGUCACGUACCUGCGGUUCGCCUCGUGGGCGGACCGCGAGGCCGCCAUGUGCCGCCAGCCGUUCUUCCAUGAGGAGGCCCGCAUCGACCUGCACCGGGAGGAAGAAUUCGGGCGUGUCCCCCAACGCGCUCGCUUCUGCGUCCUCCUCGCUGCUUCCGCCUUCCCCGUCGAGUUUCUCAACCCUACUGGGAUCCGCGCUGCCUUCUCCGGCUUCGGCAAGCUGCUGGAGGUGGACCCGCGGGUCAUCUCUGGGCGCGAGCUGGCCAUGGUUCGUGCCGUCGUCCUCAUGGAGCGGCCGCGCGACCUCCCUUCCGACGUCUGGCCAUGGGGUGGGCGCUGGGGGGCUCGUGUGGUCUCCAUCGAAGCUAUCAAGUUCUGGGACAUGGAUGCGUCGUUCGGCGAAGACGGCGAGUACAUUCCCUUCUUU